CAUUUAUCAAAAGAGCCUAAAAAUAAAACUUAAAGUCAACUCAUUUUUUAAACGAAUUGAAUCGAACUGGGCUUUUAUGAACCAAACCUCGAGCAAUUUGGGAAGAGCUUAGUUCAUUUACCGCCCUAAUCAGGUUCGGACCCACUAAUCACUACUGAUAUGGCAAAAAAAUAUUGGUUGCUAAGCAAGGGCCAUUAGUCAGCAUGGCAAUACCCCACGCCCCACCUUCACAUGUACCGCAGCCGGCGAUGCUAAUCUCACCGGAGACACCACCGCAAUAAUGAUGAACGAGAGUAACACUCUCUUGACUUUACUUCGCAUGGUUCUUCUCUCCAAUGCUCUCUCUCUCUUCGCCGAAGCCCUCCACUUUCUCGAAAUUUCACUCCUCUCGCAGAAAGCAGCUCUCCACAAGGCUUCCCUGCAUAGUUAAAUCCCUUCUUAAUUUGACCACUCAAAGCCAACUCGCACAAGCAAUCUCCUCUCUUGAGCUGUUGUCACGCAAAGGCAUACGCUUGCCAUGUCAGACACUAGCUUACCUUAUCCAACGGUGUGCAAAUUCCAAAUCGCUCAAGUUGGGCAAAAGGAUCCAUCUACAUUUGAAGUUAACCGGAUUUAAAAGACCCAAUGCGUUUUUGGCUAAUAACCUGAUCAAUAUGUAUAUGAAAUGCGGUGAUUAUGUAGGCGCAUACAAGGUGUUUGAUGAGAUGCCUAUGAGGAAUUUGUACUCCUGGAAUAAUAUGCUUUCUGGGUAUGCUAAAUUGGGCAAAAUAAAGCCGGCUAGGAAGUUGUUUGAUAAAAUGCCCGAGAAAGAUGUUGUGUCCUGGAAUACAAUGGUGAUUGCCUAUGCGCAGAGUGGGUUUUGCAACGAGGCUCUGAGGUUUUACAGGGAGUUGAGGAAUUUGGGGAUAGGGUACAAUGAGUAUAGUUUUGCAGGUCUGUUGAACGUUUGUGUCAAAUUCAAGGAAUUGGAGCUUACUAGGCAGGCUCAUGGGCAGGUUUUGGUUGCUGGAUUUUUAUCGAAUUUGGUGAUUUCCAGUUCAGUUGUCCAUGCCUAUGCAAAAUGCAGGGAGAUAAGUGAUGCCAGGUUGCUGUUUGACGAGAUGAAUGUGAGGGAUAUUCUUGCUUGGACAACAUUGGUCUCAGGGUAUGCCCAGUUGGGUGAUAUGGAGGCAGCUAAUGAAUUAUUUGAUUUGAUGCCCAAAAAGAAUCCUGUUUCAUGGACAGCUUUGAUUGCAGGGUAUGCUAAGCAUGGUUUAGGUCACAAGGCACUUGAGUUGUUUACAAAGAUGAUGAUGCUUCAUAUUAGCCCCGAUCAAUUUACUUUUAGUAGUUGUCUUUGUGCUUGUGCUAGUAUAGCUUCACUUAAUCAUGGUAAACAAAUACAUGGUUAUUUGAUACGCACCAAUUUCAGCCCUAAUACAAUUGUGGUGAGCUCUCUUAUUGACAUGUAUUCAAAGUGCGGAAGUAUGGGAAUUGCGAGGUUAGUUUUUGACCUUGUGGGUAAUAAACGGGAUGUUGUCUUGUGGAAUACUAUGAUUUCUGCCUUGGCGCAGCAUGGUCAUGGUGAAGAGGCUAUUCGAUUGUUUGAUGACAUGGUUAGAUUACGCAUGAAGCCAGAUGGGAUAACGAUGGUUGUCAUUCUCAAUGCAUGUAGUCAUUCCGGUCUUGUGCAGGAAGGGCUUAGGUUAUUUGAUUCCAUGACUUCUUGUCAUGGUGUUGUUCCCAAUCAGGAACAUUAUGCAUGCUUGAUUGAUCUUCUAGGCCGUGCAGGACAUUUUGAUAUGUUGAUGAAUCAACUUGAAAAAAUGCCAUGUAAGCCAAAUGAUCGAAUUUGGAAUGCCCUAGUUGGUGUUUGCAGAAUCCAUGGAAAUGUAGAACUGGGAAGAAAAGCAGCAGAAAAACUUAUAGAAUUGAAGCCUCAAUCCUCUGCAGCCUAUGUGUUACUAUCUAGUAUAUAUGCUGCACAUGGGAGGUGGGAAUCGGUUGAGAAGGUGAGACAGCUUAUGAAUGAGAGACGAGUAAGAAAGGAGCGAGCCCUUAGUUGGAUAGAUAUUGAAAACAAGGUGCACUCUUUUACCGUAUCAGAUCAGUUGCACCCUUUGAAAGAAGUAAUAUAUUCAAUCUUGGAACAAUUAGCUGACCACAUAGAAGAAGAAGAAGUUGCAUCAUUUAAUAAUGAGUGAGAAAAAAUUUUCAUCCAUACUUUUCCAGGACACUGAAAAGAUAUUAAACUAUAGACAGUGUGAACCACUGGAUGCUUCUUGCCACAUGUCUUUGAUCUUCUUCUUGUUAUGCAUCUCCAUUCAUGGGAUGGACAUCCAGCUUGCUUACAAGGAGGGAAAGCAGUUGUGAAUUAUCAUCACCUGUAAUCAUUGAGGUAGGAGUCCUCAGAUACUAAAUCACCUGGUAAGACCAUUUUAUUUUCAAGGUUCAAAAGUCCAUGAAAAAUGUUCUAUUCUACUACAUCCAAUUGACGAGGGAUGUAUGUGGUUCUCUGUUGUGCAGGGUACUGCAUUUUUGAAAUGGACUUGUAGGUGCUUUAUGGGGCUUUGUAUCUUUUAUAAUACUUUUUGUCCCUAGCAAAUAUUGCUUUUGUUCAGUUGCUUUACCAUUUUACCAUUUUGAAUCUUGCUUUAGGGCAUGACAUGCUAUUGCUUCAUCUAGCGUAGGCAGUGAAGGAGAACACUCAUGAGAAUAUGCUUAGAAGUGGCAUUAUCAACGGUGGGAAAUUUUUUGCGGAGUUGGCCUUGUGGUUUCGAACAUGAGACUUGUUGAUAGAUUAUGAAAAUGGCCCACCUUUGUUUUUUUUAACCAUUGUUAAAGACUAUGAUUGAUUGAGCGUACAAUGUAGAUGUUGUCAUCAGUGAUGUUAAGAAAUUCUUAUCAUAGACUCAAUCAGAGAUCAUAAUUCUUGAAAUAUGGACUGAGUUUGGGCAUCAAGAUACUCCAGAUUUUGACAAAGUGCUUGGAGGAACAACUGGGAGAGUAUCUGAUCCAUUAGGAUGAUCGUGUCUUUGGCAAGAUAAUUGCAGAAUUGCUGCCAAAGAGAAUAAUCUGUACAUGGAAGCCAAGAAAAUCACCACAGCCUGAACAUGGGUGGGGGCCCAUCGUGUGUUGCAGGGUAUUUGAAGGAUAACUGGAUUGGCACAGAAUUGCCAUCAACAAAGUUUGAGAGCAAUGUGAAGCAUUUGAGUGAGCAACAACCAGCUUCUUUAAGGAAAUUAUUUUACUGGGUAGAGAACAAUGUUACUCCUUGGGCAUAUAACCCAUUUUUGUGCGUUAAACCAGUGAAAGGAAGGAUUCGUGGAUGUGCUAGGCUGUUCAUAACACAGUGCUUCUCUAGGUAUGUUCAGAUCGAUUGCUGAUCUUCUCUACUAAUUUUAUAGGUGAGGAUUUUGUGGAUGCAUGGGUGGGACUCACACAUGCAAGAAAUGGAGGCCUAAUUAAUCUGUUAUUCUGUAGUUCUUUUUAAUUGUUCCUGUUCAUAGAUUUUUGACAUUUUAAAUUGUGAUUUCCUGUAAAUAAAUUUCUAGGAUGAACAAGAUUUAGCUCGA